GUAACAAAACCAUAAUGUCGUUUGCUGCUCGACUCUUGCGACUAACCACCACCAGUGCAAAUGUUUUACAACGUUAUGCAAUCACACCCAAGUCUUAUUCCAGAGCCAUAGUUGCUGCACCUCAGACCAUAUCAUGUAACAGACGUUAUUUGUGUUCGGCGGAAACUUCUACUGCUCAAAAGAUUCGUCAAACUGAAAAGCCCAUUGGCACAGCAGACAAACAUGAAUUUCAGGCUGAAACACGGAUGCUGUUGGAUAUCGUGGCACGCUCAUUGUAUUCCGAAAACGAAGUGUUUGUUAGAGAACUCAUUUCGAACGCCAGCGAUGCUUUGGAAAAGUUUCGUUAUACAAUCCAUACGGCCGGCGAAACUGAAAAAGACUAUGAGGGUACAGAUCGCUCCAUGGAAAUUCGAAUUGCCACAGAUAAGACCAACAGACAAUUGAUUAUCCAAGAUACUGGUAUUGGCAUGACCAAAGAGGAACUUAUCAAUAAUUUGGGCACCAUUGCACGCAGUGGCUCGAAGAAGUUCCUUGAGCAGAUUCGUGAGAAGGGCACAACGGCUGAAAACUCCUCUAACAUUAUCGGUCAAUUUGGUGUAGGUUUCUAUUCUGCUUUUAUGGUGGCUGAUAAAGUUGAGGUAUUCACACGAUCAUCCAAAGUAAAUUCUCCUGGUCUGUGCUGGUCCAGCGAUGGAUCUGGUAGUUAUGAGAUUCAAGAGGCUGAGGGUGUUGAAUUAGGCACAAAAAUUGUCAUUCAUCUGAAACCAGAAUGUCGGGAAUACGCUGAUGAAGAUCGUGUAAUGGCUGUCAUCAAGAAAUACAGUAAUUUCGUAGGAUCGCCAAUAUUGUUGAACGGACAGAAGGCCAAUGAUAUACAACCUGUUUGGUUGAUGGAACCUAAAGAUGUUACCAAAGAACAACAUGAUGAAUUCUAUCGCUUCAUUGGUAACACUUUUGAUACACCUCGUUUUGUAUUGCAUUAUAAGACCGAUGUACCUCUCAGUAUCCGUGCUUUGCUGUACUUCCCUGAAGGUAAACCAGGAUUAUUUGAAAUGACCCGCGAUGGUUCUGCUGGAGUUUCCUUGUACACCCGUAAAAUCCUUAUUCAAUCUAAAACAGAAAACUUGGUACCAAAGUGGCUUAGAUUUGUCAAGGGUGUUGUAGAUUCGGAAGAUAUUCCUCUGAAUUUGAGCAGAGAACUCCUUCAAAACGGAGCUCUCAUCAAGAAACUCUCAAGUGUCUUGACCACCAGAAUUAUUCGCUUCCUCAUUGAAAAAUCGAAUAAGCAACCAGCAGAAUAUGAAGCCUUCUACAAAGACUAUGGACUAUUUCUUAAAGAAGGCAUUGUAACAUCGUACGAUCAAAACGAAAAGGAAGAUAUUGCCAAAUUACUGCGUUUUGAAUCGUCAAAGUGCACAGAAGGUCAACGCAUUUCCCUGGACGACUAUGCAAAAAAUGUUGGCGAACAAAAAGACAUUUACUACUUGGCUGCACCAAAUCGUGUUCUGGCCGAAUCUUCCCCAUACUAUGAGAAUUUGAAGAAACGUGAUAUCGAAGUUCUAUUUUGCUAUGAACCAUACGAUGAACUUGUACUCAUGCAAUUGGGAAUGUUCAAGGGAAAGAAUUUAGUCUCUGUAGAAAAGGAAAUGAGACGUGAUAGCGGCGCAGAAUCCACCAUUGAAUAUGGAGAGGGAAGUUUGCUACGAUCACAGAUUGAUGAACUAUUGCCAUGGAUUAAGGACAAGCUCAAAGGCAAGGUGGCAAAUGUGAAAGUUACAACACGACUUGAUAGCCAUCCAUGUGUGGUCACUGUAGAAGAAAUGGCAGCUGCUCGUCACUUUAUCAAAACCCAGAGUCAUCAAUUGCCUGAAGAGAAUCGUUAUGCCCUGUUGCAACCUCAGCUGGAAAUUAAUCCAAAGCAUGAAAUCGUUAAAAAAUUGUACGCAUUGAAAACGAGCGAUCAAGAACUAGCCGAUUUAUUGGUUCAACAAUUAUUCAUCAAUGCAAUGGUAGGCGCUGGACUAGCAGAGGAUCCCCGUACACUUUUGACAACAAUGAAUGCUCUAUUAACUAAAGCCUUGGAAAAAUGUUAAAUUUAUGUCUAAUUUGUUGUUAGGUUUUUGUAAAUAAAAUACUAUAUCUAAGUAA